AUGCAGGACAGCCCAUUAUCAACCACCGCAGACAUAUCCGGAAUCCUCACCUUCCUGGCCGCCAUCUUCGCAUUCAUCUAUGUCCGCUACAAGACUCUUCAAAACGGCCACGCCGAAAUGAAUAACACAUACGAAUCCGUCAAAGCGACAAUCGAAGAAACCCUUCUAAUGGAAACCCAAAUAGAGAACCAACCAGGCUUUGAAAAAGUGCGAGAAAUCUUUCUUAGCCUCUGGCGAACCGAGAUCAGUAUCAUGAUCAGUUUAGCUAGGGCCAUUGGGGGUGAGGAACUAGCACAGAAAGUUCGUGGGCAGAGCAAAAUCGAGCCUGGGUCGCACCAUAAUGUCUUCAUGUGGUUUUGUAGGAGCAGGGGGGAGCAUGGGGUAGACCAGGAGCAUUGGGCUAUGAAAAUUCCUUCUCUUGCUGCUGUUUUGACAACUGCGAGACUUGCUUGGAACCUUGGAGCGACGCCGAAGCUGGUACGGUGGUAUAUGGUGCGAAAUAAGGUGAUGGAAAAGGUUCGGGAUCGAGAUAAUUAUAGGUCGCGAUUGCGGUCUCAUCAGCUGGCUCUUUUGAAUCAGUAG